GACAACUAUCCCAGCGUCUGGACUCAGAGGCUCAGUGGCUGACUGCGCGGUCAGGUUCUGGACCAGGCGGUUUCCUGCUCUGGGCCAGGAGAGUAAUCUCGUCGGUGUGCCGAGUUGGACAGCAGGACCUAGGCGGGUUCGCAGCCUGCAUCCUUACCGGUAGCUCUGGACAGCGUCCUUGCGGGUCGCUACUCCUUAGAGGCGCCUUCUCAGAAUGGAGCAGUUUCCUUUAGGCCGUAGGGACCGCAGCGGCGGCUGCCGACCCCACUUGGCUCCUGGGCUGCGGGCCGCUCCACCUGCAUCGCCCGCGCGCCCGGUGCCGUCGGGGAUCCCGGUGUCCGCGGCUUUUCUGCGGCCGCCCGGCCUGUUCCUGCGAUCGGCCGCCAGCACGGGUCGCGGAGGAUGCCCUCCUGGCCCGGGGCUGGAUAGGGCGCUGGGGGCGGUGGCCUGCGGCUACCCGCGGACCCCGAAGUGCGCCCGCUGUCGCAAUCACGGCGUGGUGUCUGCGCUCAAGGGCCACAAGCGCUUCUGCCGCUGGCGGGACUGCGCGUGUGCCAAGUGCACUUUGAUCGCCGAGCGCCAGCGCGUCAUGGCCGCUCAGGUGGCGCUGCGCAGGCAGCAGGCGCAGGAGGAGAGCGAGGCCCGUGGGCUGCACCGGCUCCUGUACUCGGGGCCGUCGGGGUCCGCAGCUCCAGCGUCGGCGUCGGCUGGCAGCGGCAGGAGCUCGAGUCCCCAGGCCGUACGCAGGCCCGAGGCUAUGGCUGUGCUCGGAGCCGGUGCUUCAAGGCACCCCGGGAGCCGGGAGGUACCCGCUUUCGAGGUUUUCCAGCAAGAUUAUGCGGAGGCAAAGCAGGAACCCCAAGAGAAUAACUGUGAGUCAUGCCAGAGUAGACAUGAAGAACUAGUCUCCAACACUCACCAUCAUUCUCUGGAAUCAUCUCCUAAGGGUAAUGGUACCAUGGAGAAACGGGGCUUCAUGUCAUCUAUUUCAGAACACUCAGACAAACCCAACAUAAUCCUGUCUCCUUGCUCCACGGAGCAAUCAGGAGGAGAAGACAGUCCCAGGUCCUUCUCUUCCUCUGACCUGGAAUCAGGGAAUGAAAGUGAGUGGGCCAGAGACUACAUUGCCACCAGAGCCAGCCUUUCCACGGUGACCUCAAGACCACGAGACCCUAUCGGAAUUCUUACUAGGAUUUUUCCAGGUUACCGGCGUAGCCGCCUAGAAGGCAUUCUACAGUUCUGCAAGGGAGAUGUUGUCCAAGCUAUUGAACAGAUCUUAAACGGGAAAGAACAUAAGCCAGACUGCAGGGACCCAGCACACGCAGAGUUGGAAAAUGCAGCCUUCCAGAGAGCUUCAGAUUUUAGUCUUGCUGGCAUUGGCUUUGGGACUUUAAGUAAUAAAUCAGUUCUCUCUCCUCUUGAAGCCACGUCUGCUGCUUAUGGAGGAGAUUCAAGUCUCUACAGUUUCAGUCCUAGACUAGCUUUCAGCCCACUGCGCCUGGCAUAUUCUUCUCCAGGAAGAGCGCUGUCUGGUUUUGUGUCGCCCUAUCUAACGCCUGGACUGGUUCCAGCACUGCCUUUUCGGCCAGCUUUGGAUUACUCCUUUCCAGGGAUGAUUAGGGAGCCGUCCCACCUUCCCAGCAAGCACUUAGUAACUGGUGGUAGACUUUAUUUCAGGCCCAAUCAGGAACAUCUGUAACAUAUCAGCUCUAACAUUCUGUGGUGUUUCUGGAACCAUAACGCGCGCACGCGCGCGCACCCCCCCUCCCAUUAAUGUUCUUCAAUGAGUAUAUGAAUGGCUUACCAGCCUUAAAUGCUGUUUUUUAAGCAAUAGACUUUAGACUUGAAGACUUUUCUUUAGCAUUUAUUAAAUCAAAGAAACGUUUGAACAUUAUAUGUGCCCUGAAUAAACCUAUUUCAGGAAAUAAUUUUAUUUUAAACCAAUGAAUUUUCUCCAUAAAUUAUCUUUUCUAUUGUAAAGCCAUAUCUGUUUUUAUUUUAUUGUAGAGUUGGGUUUAUAAUUGUAAAAAUUUGUAAAAAUUAGAACAUUUGUAGAAAAUGAACCGAGGGGGGAUUAAAAACCGAGUUUAAUUCUAUGUGUUUAUUAUUCUAAAACAACUCCCUCUCCCUCUCCAUGUCUUCCUCCUCCUUCCCAACCCCACCACAGGUGAUCAGAAGUUAUUCCAAGUAUUUAAAACUAUUUUAUUUGCAGAUAAAUGAUCAGUAGUAAGUAAACCCAAUAAAUUUGAAUAUAUUCUUUUUGGAA